AACAGUCACUUUACUUCUAGACAAGAAGUUUGACUGGUGGAGGAAAAGUUUGUGUUUUUAGUUUUGUAUCUUAAGGAGGGUUCACUCUGCUCAAAGUCUGAGAAAACGAAUGAUUUAUUUAUUAUAUUUAUUAUUGUCUUGUCUGUUUGUGGAUCUCUGGACUCUUUAUUGUAUCAUUCAGACUUUUCUCACAACUGUAUAUUGUAAUUCUGUGUGUUAACAAACACAAAUGUUGUUAAUUCAACAUGAAAAGUUUAUUUGUUGGUUGAUUCAACGUUAAAGAAAAGUUUCUACAUGUGAACUAACAUAAAUGUUGAGUGACCAGUCCGGCAGCCCGCUGUCACUACUGAGGAUUUAAAACUCAUCGCUGAAGAAGGGGAACCUUGUAUUUUACAUAGAACAGUAUUUCACUGGGAUGCAUUUCACUUCCCUGGAUUCAAACGAUACAGAUUCAUUUGUUUUAAAUCAGGAAGUAGAUCAAGUUCACUUCAGAGGGAAACUGCAAAGGCCUCACCUGCAGGGAAACAAAGACCCCAUCAGCUCUCAGCUGCCUCUGGAACAAGUUUGACCCCCCCCCCCCCCUCCACUGCUGCCUGCAGCGCCACCGUGUGUCGGUGAGCGGUGCUGCCCUCCAGCUCCCGGAAGACACCGUGUGAGGUGUUGGACAUGAAGACUCCUGGGUUGACAUGGCGUCUCUCACGGGACGUGGCUGCUUCCUCGGCGCGGUGUCGCUGCUGAACUUCGCCUUCGUCUUCGUUUCCGCCGCAGACUUUAUCCGCUUCGUGUCGUUCAGAGCGAUUUACCACAACAUCACCGGAGAGACGAGCCUGUGUCAAGACUCCAUACCAUGGACGGUGGCGCUGCAGGACAGCUCUGUCCUCUGGUCUCUUGUCGUGGACGUGGGGCUGCUGGCUCUCUUCACCACCCAGCACAGUCUGCUGGCCUGGACGCCCGUCAAACAGGCUCUCCAGUCGGUGCUGGGGGCCCUGAACAGGACGGCAUACUGCUUCACCACGGCACUGGCCCUCCAGAUCCUGAUGAGGUACUGGCAGCCAGUGACUGGCGCCCCCUGUCUGUGGUCGGUGCGUCAUGCACCCUGGAGCAUCUGGUUCCCCCUGCUCUGCUUCACUCUGCACUUCCUGUGCUGGGCGAUCAUCUGCAGCAUCCUCAUGAUCUUCGAUUACCCAGAGCUGUUGGGCAUCAAGCAGGUGUACUAUGAGUGUCUCGGUUUGGGAGACCCUCUCUCCUACAAGUCCACCGGUGCCCAACGCUUCCUGUCUCACCUCCGCCACCCGGUGUGCCUGGAGCUGGGUGUCGUGCUGUGGUUCCUGCCGGCCUUGUCCCUGGACCGGCUCCUGCUGGCGGGGACUCUGUCGACCUACCUGGCCCUGGCACACUCUCUGGACAAACAGGAUUUAGCGUACCUCUGCGUCCAGAUUAGGAGCAAGAUGCAGCUCCUUGCCAAGCCACAGCGCGGCACCACCGAAGGCACCGACACCACAGACACCACCGACGACUACUACAAGGAGAAGUGACACAAAGGUGUAACUGCUGACAUGUGACGCUGACUGCUGAAUACUAACCAGAAGUAUUUGUAUAAAACUGACUUCAGCAGAGACUGUGAUCCUCUGUAAGCUUGAAAUCUGCUGUGCUGAGUAAGAAAAACAAAACUUUACCUUACUUUACUGUAUUUUUUCAACAUUUUCUUUUUAAUGGUUUCAGACAGGGAACGUUUUAUAACAAACACCUCCUCUACUAAUAAUGAUGGUGAUCAGUUCUUAGGUUGGCCACUAUUGCUUUUACAUUUCUGAGCCAAUUUCAUCUAGUGGUUAUAUUUUUAUCAAUCAUUUUAUCUUCACAUUAAAUUAAAGUGGAUAUUUUAUGUCAUGUAUCAUCUGGCUCCACUAAUACCAGUUGUUUGGGGCUGAUACUGAGAUUAGAUUGUAGUGGUAAUUAGUAGAAAUAAUAUUUGUACAUUUGCCUUAACAUUAAAACUAAAUAUAGCAUUAAAUAUUUAUUUUUAAAUUUUCACCAAGAUGCAUAAUAAGUUUACAGUUGAAGCUGAAAUAUUUUUUGCGAUGAAACCUUUUUUAUUUUACAACACUGAAUGUCAUUGUCAGAGUAUAGUUUUAUAUGCUGUUAAAUACCAUGUGCCAUUUUAUUUGAAUGUAUUUUUCAGUACACUGAUUUUGAAUUGAAUUGUCCUCGGAAGAGAAUGUAAAAUUGAGAUUUCACACUGGAUAACGAACCUAUAGCUAUAAUGGAAACCACAUUUCUGAGAUUGCGAAUGUAUUUUGCUGUAUUUUGUGGGAACGUCACAAUAGUUAAAAGCCACUGGAAAUUGAA